AUAUAAGAAAUGCAAAACUCGAAAUGGAAAUCAACAGAGGUAACAAGAGUUGUUAUAGUUGGGGGAGGUAUCGCAGGAUUAGCUGCAGCCAAAACAUUAGAGGAAGAAGACUGGGAGGACUACAUACUAUUGGAAGCACAAGAUAAAAUCGGUGGCAGGAUAGAUUCGAUUCCGUGGAAUGACAACUGGAUCGAGUGUGGUGCUCUGUGUUUAUAUGGAGAAAAGAGUGAACUCGCUAAGGUUUGUCAAUAUUAUCAACUUCUAUCAAAUGUUGUUUCUCAAAAAGGAGCAGGUAUUUACGUGCGUGACGAUGGUAUCCGAAUGGAUGAACGUUUGAUUAAAGACAUCAAUGAUGUAGUUCAAUCUGCAUGCAACAUAAGCGAAAAUUUAGAAGUAGGUGAUUCCAACACUGAGUCAAAUUUUGGGCGGGCUUUGAGAAGUCAAUUGCGAAAACACUUCCGAAUAAAGUCUGAUCCAUUAACGAUAAGAGACAUGCAAGAAGAAAUCUUUGAUUGGUAUCUCAGGUCAUUAAUAAUUGACAAUUCUUGUUUCACUUUGGACGAAUUGUCAAUGAAACAUCUGAGAAAUCAAGAGUCUCUUGGUUUGGAGCAAUUCAACUUUACCACUGGGUACAGUUCAAUCAUUAAAUUCAUUACCCAAGGAUUGAACCCAAAAAAUAUUCGAUUGAAUUCACCUGUAGAAAUGAUUGAAUGGAGUCAGAAUAUGAGUAUAAACAAUAGUAACCAACUGAUUGUAAAACCAGUAUUAAUAACAUUGGCGGACAAGAGACAGAUCUUUGCGGAUUGUGUGAUUGUUACAUGUUCAUUGGGUUAUUUGAAAGCAAAUCAUAAACAACUUUUCAAUCCUGAAUUGCCACUGCAUUUGUCGCAAGGUAUUGAGAGCUUGGGCUUUGGAUUGUUGAAUAAAAUUUACUUGGAUUUUGGAGAGCCGUGGUGGGAACCAAAUUCUAAAGGAUUUCAGCUGAUUUGGUCAAAGAAUGGCCAGAAAGUAUUUACUAAGCAGAAAUUUGCUACAUGGACAAGAGAUUUGACUGGUUUUGAAGUCGUAAAAAAUCAUAAGGCAGUAUUGCAAGGAUGGGUUGGUGGGAGGGGAGCAUACAUAAUUGAAAUGUUGAGUGAGCGCCAAAUUGCUGAAGAUUGUGCAAAUCUACUCAGACAUUUUCUUAAGAAAGGAGAUAUACCGUUGCCAAAGAGAUUGAAAAGAACGCAAUGGCAUUCCAAUAAGUAUAUCAGGGGUGCCUAUAGCCAUAUUCCAGUGAACUGUGAUGCCAACUCUGUCACACCAGGCACCUUAACUAAGCCAGUCUGGUGUACAAUAACCCAUAAAGGUCACGACAAGUGUAUACCAAUAAUAAUGCUGGCUGGGGAAGCAACUCAUGAACAAUACUUCUCAACAACGCACGGUGCAUUUGAGACUGGCGUAAAGCAAGCCAAGACGUUUUUACAGUACAAUAUUGAAAAACGAAUCUGAUCCUUG